AUGUGGCGUCGUUUAUAUCUCCUCUUGGUGAUCGUGAGGCUAUAUUUCGCGUUAUCCCCGAGCUAUAUCCACCCGGAUGAACACUUCCAGGGACCUGAGGUCAUCGCUGGCGAGAUCUUCGGCUACCCUUCUUACAAGACUUGGGAAUUCACUUCCGAACAGCCCAUUCGAAGCUCAUUCCCUUUGUGGGUCUUCUAUGGUGCCCCAUUAACCUUGACGAAAUGGAUCCUGGAAGGCUUGGGCUAUGGGCCCCCAUGGCUGACCCCCAAAGUCUACUUCCUUGGCCUCCGUCUCGUCAUGUUCAACCUGAACUUCGUGCUAGGUGAUUGGGCCAUUCAUGAGAUUAUCGCACGGCCGCAUGAUCGUCGGGUCGCUAUCAUGGCCGUCUCAUCAUCGUUCGUGACCUGGACCUUUCAGACCCACACAUUCUCCAACAGCAUCGAAUCGCUCGUGGUGUUGUGGACGGUGGUGCUGGCCAUCCGCUUACGAGAUCAUCCCGGGAGGAUAUCCGCCCGCUCAUGUAUCGUCCUGGCGUUUCUUCUUGUGCUUGGCGUGUUCAACCGCAUCACGUUCCCGGCCUUCGUCGUUCUUCCACUUCUACAAGUUGUGCCGAGUCUUCUCUCACAGCCACUCCGCAUUCCGAUUCUUGCCUUUGCCGGCGUCACGACCCUCUUCUUUGCCAUUGCUAUGGACACAGAGUUUUACACGAGUGGACCUCUUCGCAUUCGUGAACUUUAUAACUCGGCGAUCAUCACACCCUGGAACAAUCUCGUUUACAAUCUCGACGAGACCAAUCUCGCACAGCAUGGCUUGCAUCCAGUGUGGCAGCACGCUGUGGCCAACCUGCCACAGCUCCUUGGCCCUGCUCUACCGCUCGUUCUCUUCUCCAGCCGUAAGCUGACGCUUUUCUGGUCUGGUAUUAUUGGCAUCGCUGUACUGUCCUGUUUCCGUCACCAGGAGCCGCGCUUUCUCAUCCCUGCUGUCCCGCUCCUACUCUCCUCGAUUCGCCUCCCCCGAAAGAAUGCUCGUGCCUGGAUCGGCGCAUGGGCUGUUUUCAAUGUCCUCGCAGGAAUCCUCUUCGGUGUCUAUCAUCAAGGUGGUGUCGUCCCUGCGCAGGCAUUCAUCGGCGCGGAAUACGAUGCAAAGCUCGUCGGCACCGCCCAUGUCGCGUGGUGGAAGACGUAUAGCCCUCCUCGAUGGUUGCUUGGCGAGGUCAAUACUAAUGUCACAACCACCGACCUCAUGGGUAUGCCCGGCGACCAAAUGCUACAGCACUUCCGCGAAGUUGCACCCUGUAUCGGUAAAGUCAUGUCUGGAAACGGUGUCUUGCUCGUGGCGCCACUGAGUGCAACUUUCCUCGAUGCUAGCAUAGACCAAUCGUCCUCCUCGACAUCGGACAUUCGAUUGACAGAGCUCUGGCGAUACCGCAAACAUAUCGGGUUAGACGACUUAGACUUUGGCGACGAUGGCGUUUGGCCCACGUUGAGUCGAGUCAUCGGGAGGAGAGGGCUGGGUAUCUGGAAGGUCGAGAAAAGGUGCUGA